AGAUAUGCGCGAGUUGCAUGUAAUUCAUACUUCCUUUGCACUAUUCCGAUUGUUUCUUUGUAAAGCGUCGGAAGAUCUCGGAAAUAUUUCGGAAAUAUUCACAUGGUUUUCGGGCCCUGUUCGGACGAUCUUGUGCGGAGAUCUUCGGGAAUCCCGCGCCGUUUAUUGUACACGGUUUAUUUAAUUCCGGGCACUGCUAAAUUCACCAACUCCCAACUUUCGCUGUUUUAACAAAGUAAGCUUCAUGCCGCAUGAUCGAAGGAAGCUAAGCUUUAUCUGCACGGCAAAAUGGGCAUGGAUUUGGUCAGCAUCUAUGUAGCCUGCGUAGCAGGCGUAUAAAGGGGAGGAAGUGGAGGAGGAGGAAGAGAAUUCGGGAAAGAGAAUUUCCCCUCCCUCCCCCCACCCCACUCCUCUGUUUUUUUUUCCCGAAUUCUCUUCCUCAGGACCUAUGGGGCAUGCAAAGCGCAACACCACAAUACCGCGAAACAGGAAGCUCGAUCGUUGACUGUGGUGUUCUCUCUGAUUUCAUCAAGGCUUGGUCACUCAGCUCUUGGAUUUGACUUUAAAACAUGACCACUGAAAACAUGUUCCGAGACAUAUUUUUUCCCUGUAUUUCAUAUUAUCGGAGGUGAAGAAUGCUCAACUCUUAGCUGUUGUACAGUUUUAACAUCGCAGCCUUAAAAAAUCUAAAUCUGACGUUUAAUUCAGGAUUGAAAGUGGUCUUUCUUUGCCUAUGGCGAGUUUGUAUGGUAUGUAUGUGAAUUGCUAGCUUGUCAAGUACUUCGGGGCACGCACACGAAACUGGAGACGAUAUAAUUUGAACACACGGCAGAGCGAAGGACAAGUGGUCAGGACAUGGAGGGACAUAAUAUUUCAACUUUUAUCAGGAAUCGAGAAGUAAAGUCGUCCAUCACGCGAGCGUUUCAGAGAAGAUUUCAACUUCAUUCGCCGUUUGUCGAAAGACUUGGAUUAGAAAGGGAGCUCGAGGGUCACUCUGGCUGUGUCAAUUGUUUGGAAUGGAAUGAAAAUGGAAACCUCCUUGUGUCUGGGUCAGAUGAUCUUAAUGCAAUAUUGUGGGAUCCACUCCAAUGUCAGAAAAAGUGUUGCAUCAAAACAGGACACUCUGGAAACAUCUUCUCUGUCAAGUUUUUGCCACAGAUUGGAGACAGAAUCAUUGCAACAGCUGCUGCGGAUGCUAAAGUUCAGAUCCAUACAGUAGAAACACAGGAGACAUCGCAAGUAUAUAAAUGUCAUAUUGGGCGUGUGAAAAGACUUGCUACAGCUCCGGACACUCCAUACAUGCUGUGGAGUGCGUCUGAGGAUGGAACUAUAAGGCAAUUUGAUCUACGACAACCACAUACUUGCAACACAAGCAGUAAAAACUGUAAGAAUGUUCUUAUAAACCUAAAUAUUUAUGUUGGUGCCAUGGCAGAGGCAAAGUGUCUUGCAAUAAAUCCUCUACAGCCUGAACUUCUUGCAGUUGGGUGCAAUGACCCUUUUGUACGACUGUAUGAUCACAGAAUGUUAGCAUCACAUAGUUUCUCAGAGGUGAAGAAGCCUUUUAGCAACAGUAGCAACAGUCCUGAAGAUGCAAAACUACCUCCUGGAUGUGUUCAGUACUUUGCUCCAGGCCAUUUGCCACCACAGUUAAGCAAAAAUUCACGGAGGCGAUUUCGAGCUUAUGUUGCUACCUAUGUAAACUUCUCCCCUAGUGGACAAGAGCUGAUUGCGAAUUUAGGUGGUGAACAAAUAUACCUGUUUGAUAUUAAACAGCGUCGAAAAGUAAUGAAGUACCAGGGAGUAAAUGGGUUUACUUCAUCACUUACUUCAAAUGGUGUGGUCAAAAGUGUUGUAGAUAAUUGUGGUUUUUCUGCAAGUAAAAAUGGUUUUUCAUCAUCUGCUAAUGGAGCUACAAAUGGUUACAAAAUCUCAAAUUUAAAUGGGAAGAGAACUGUCACAGACAAAACACCUUCCAAGUCCAUCUGUAGCAGCAAUCAUUCAAGUAACAUCUCUCAGGAGUUGCCACCCAAAGCUCUUGAACUUAAGGCUAAAGGAAAUGAUGCCUUUUGCCAACAACAGUUUUGGACAGCUGUCAACCUUUAUAAUGAAGCGAUAUCUCAUGCCUCUGAUUCUGCUGUCCUGUAUGCCAACAGAGCUGCUGCAUUUAUCAAGAGGGCAUGGGAUGGGGACAUCUAUGCAGCACUGCGGGACUGUCACAGGGCACUUCAUCUGGAUCCUAAUCACACCAAGGCACAUUUUCGGCAGGCUCGCUGUUUGUAUGAACUGCACUGGUUCCAGGAGGCUCUUUCCUGUCUAAACCACUUCAAGUUAAAAUUUCCAGAACAAGCUGAGGGAAGUGCAGCAAAGACUCUAGAGAGAGACAUCAGAGCAGCUGCAUUUGCUGAGACUGAAGACAAUGAUGACGAGGAGACAAGUGGUCACACAGAUGCUGUUUCUAGUCGACGCAGGAGACGUCUUAGCAUUGUGUCUGAUCAAGAGAAAGCCUUCCGUGCUGAAGCGCUUGAUUAUGAGCAGCGGUUCUGUGGACACUGUAACACUACUACUGACAUAAAAGAAGCAAAUUUCUUUGGUAGCAAUGGACAGUAUAUUGUGGCAGGCAGUGAUGAUGGUUCAUUUUUUAUGUGGGACAAGGAAACAACAAAUCUUGUACGAGUAUUAAAAGGAGAUGAUUCUAUUGUAAACUGCUUGCAGCCACAUCCAAGUACUUGUCUUUUGGCCACAAGUGGAAUUGACCCUGUGAUCAGGCUUUGGAGUCCAUGUCCACAGGAAGGGGAAACACAGGACAGGCAUAUAGACGAAGUGGAAGCUGCAGCCAAGGCAAAUCAACGAAGAAUGAAUGCUGACCCUUUAGAGGUGAUGCUAAUGAAUAUGGGAUACAGAUCAAGAUUCACCAUGGCAGAAGGCAGUGAUGAAGAUGAUACCGAAACUCCGAUACAAUGUCGCACUAGUUAGACAAUAAAUUAUGAUGCACUUUUGGUGUGUAACUUACAACUCGCUUCCAGGUGACAGAUGAUGUUUUAGUUACCUUGAGCAAAAUAUUUUGGUAAUUAAUGUCUAAUGUACGCUGCACUAAAUGUUUGUUAAAUGAAAAUUAUGGUGAAGUUUUGAGAUGUAAAAUCAUUGUUGGUAUGAAUGAGAGUGCCCUGAAUUUUACUGUCUAGUUUAUUGAUAAUUUAGAGUUUAAAGUAACUUCCAAUAGAUGGUCAAUUGUUCAUUUGUGUUCUUUGAUGGACUUUAACCCUCAAACAUGCACCAUUCAUGUCAGUUCUUCUUUUUUCUUUUUGCAACAAAUUAAUACAAUACUGUCUAAGAAUGAAGGAUCUGAUAAGCUAAGGAGGAAGGUGUUCAUUUAAAACUAGAUUCUCUUAGAGAAAAUUCAAGAUGAAAUGAAAAUAACUAACUAAAGGUGAAUUUUGCUUCUGAUUAUCUUAGAAUUCAAAGGUUAUUGAGCAAACAUAUGAUUAUUCUACAGAUGAAGUUAGAUGGUUCGCAGUAAAAUGAUGUUUACUUUAUGCACAUUUAUCAGCAAGAAAUGUCAAAUCAUUGCUGCUGUACCUGUUAACUUGCAUAAGGAAAGUAUUUUUGUGGGGAAAAUAAGCAGUAAUAUCAAAAUAAUAUCAAGGGUUAUGCUGCAUGACUGAGUGCAAGGUUCUAUACAUUGCAGUGAAAAUCGUCCAGAUGCCAAAGAGGAUUUGAUUCGUGGCUCAAGAAAUAGAAAGAGGAUUGGGAAAUUAAAAUAAUACUAUGGCAAUAUUACUUAAAUUCUGUUUUGUUAGUUAAAGAUAAAUUUUUUUCCUUGACUUAUUCAAACUAGUUUGAAUUUGUAGAUUGUCUUAAAGAGAACAAAUUCUCAAUAUAUUUGAAAGGACGUGUUAGGAGUCACACUUAAACCUUAGCAUCCAUGCCAUGAAUGUCAAUCAAUACCGCUAGUCCCCAGGUGGUUGACAGAUGUAAGUGUGACACUCCAGAACCCGAGCACUUUGGUUGAAAAUACUGUUUAAAAAAUAUCACUUGCAAAGUUGGGCACAGAGUAGUAUUUGACAUUUCUAAAAGUAAUGGGUUAAGUCAGCAUGAAGCAUUCAAUAAUCACUCCUCUAUUGAUUACAAUUUAGCAGACUUGUUCCCAGGAAAAUGCACUUUGCUCUUUAAGGCAUUGUAGAAUAUAAUAAUUAUUAGUGUUUUUCUUAGCCUUACUAAAAACACAUAAUGUACCAUUCUAGGUUUUUUUAAAUAGUUUAAAUUAUUGGACAGAAGUUUACCUGUUUGGUUUUAAGCAGCAAAAGUAACAAUUUUAAGUUAUGGGUAAUUGAUAACUGAUAAGUGAACUCGUAAGUAUUGUUCAAAUACAAACGCCUAUUGUUAAGAAAGAAUGUUUAAGAAUCAUCUUAACUAAGGAGAGCUUCGUAAAUUUAGCCCCUGGUUGACAAGAUGUACUGUUUGAGGUUGAGAUGCUCUUAACAUUACCAACAAGGAACAGAUGUGAGAUGCUGACCAAAAUAAUCUAUACUGGUGUUUUAGCAUUUAUUACAUUUCUAGGAUUGCUUCACUUCCAAUGACACAUUUAACUCUAAAAAGUGUAAUGUUAUUCGGAUGUUGUGUCUUGUCCGCAGUGGAAUGAAUACAUUAAAAGGAGACAACACUGUCUGUGCUGCUCUGAAAUUAACAAUACAGGGUUAACCUAUCUGCUGCAUUUUGUAAGCAAUUUUAAAUAAAUAAAAGAAAAGGACAGGCAAAGUUUAAUUUUACAGCUUCAAUGCAAAUGCAAUAUAGAGUAUCACACACUCGUCAUUUUUCUCUAACACAGCCCUUAAGAUUGACUCUUUGAGUGAUUAACAAACUUUUAUCACUUUGUUUAUCACAGUAUGCAAACGUUGAGGUAAGAAUGCUCUCUGUAACCUGAUGGGCACAAGUAUUCUCCUGUGAUCAAGGGUCCUAUUUUUAUGGCGGGGAAAACUGAUUUCAAAA